AUGAUUGAAAGAUUUUGUCACCUUAAAAUUGAACUCGAUAGAUUUGGAAUAACAAAAACCCGCGAAGAAAUUAUUGAUAAAAUCACUGAAGCUUUACCACGCAUUGAUCAGUGGCAAACAUUUGUGUUUAUUCUGAAAAAUGAUGUCUUGUAUGAUACGAUUACUUUGGAUGCUUUGAUAGAGAAGAUCGAGAGUCAUGAGCUUGAGCUACAAAAGCAAAGCAAAGUGAGUAACUCUUCGUAUCAGCAGAAUGUAGGUCUUUAUUACAGAGGCAGUGUACCUUUGGUGUCAGUCAAUGAGUCACCGAAGACAGCCUUCAGUGUUGAAAAGUCUAAAGAUUCACAGAAAAGCUCAUCUAGCUACAAUCCAGGGUAUCAUUCGUCUUCAACAGCUUCAAACUCAGAAGAACCUGAUGAGAUUCUCUGUAACAUUGCUUUAAAGUUGAAAAAUUCUCCAACAAUGAGCAUCAAUGCAGCUAAACAACAAAUGAGUUUUCUAGCUUCGAUUCUAGAAUCAUACGAGAGUCUGGUAGCAGGGAGAAUUGGAAAUCCUGAGCUGACAAAGGAAGAUUACAACCAGAUAGAUCCAUUGGAGAUGGAACUCAUUGAUAUUCGACGGGUCACUCAUGCAGAUGAAGGGUUUAAUUGGAAUGAUUAUCUUGAUGAUGAUGAUGAUGAUGAUGAAACUGCUUUAGUGGCUGAAAUAAAAGAGAGUGCAUUUGUAGCUGUAGUGAAAGAAAGAUCGAAAGAAGAAAUUCUGAAAGAGAAAACAUACAGAGAAAGAUGUGUUGUUGAUUACAGAAUUCAAGAAAUGGGGAAAGAAUAUGAAGAAGCUAGGAAUUAUCGAAGAUGGGACAAGAAGCGAGAGUGUUAUAUCAACAGUAAAGGAGAACCUCUUGUUCAUCCAAGCAAAGUGGUGUAUAACGACGUUCUUGCAGUAAUCCCGCUAUCCGGUGAAUAUUAUGUUAAAAAGCUGGAUAAGAUUAUCAGAGAUGUCAUGACAGCUCGUCUAAGACAGAGAGAUGAAGAGGAUGAAGAAGAAUAUAAAGUGGAAGUGGAAAAAGAAGAAGCAGCUGGUGAAGAAGAACAGAAACCAGUAGAAGAAGCUGUUACUGAAAAACAGCUGAAUGAAGAUGAUUUGAAGAAAGAAGAAAAAGUUAAUGAGAAGCUGGAAAGAUCGGUUGAAGUGGUUGAUGCUGAUGAUGCUGCCGAGGAACAACAGAAGAAAGAAGUAGAUCAGAAGCAGACGCGUGAAAAAGCCGAGGUGCCAACAACCGAGCAACAAUAUGAGAUAAAACAACAAGUUGUAAAUUCAUAUAUUGAAGAUGUUGCUGAGCUUAAACGUAAAAGAGCUGAUUUAGAACAAGAUAACAACAAGUUGCAUAGAUAUCAUGCUUCAUCAUAUGUUCUUGAACGUAUUUUCAACAUAAAACCAGAUGAUAACGAUUCUGAGAAAAAUAAGAAAGGUAUUGGCUCAGAAUAUCAUCAGGUUCCACCACCGUUUGAGAAAAAAAUUCACAUUCUAUGA